AAAUAAUUGAAUUUAAAAAUUUAAAAAUAUCGUUGCUCCUUACGUUGUACGUUAACGGAUUAAGUAAUAUAACACAAGAUGGAUGAAGUGUCAGAGUUUUUUAAAAGUGGUUUUCUUGGUUUAUAUAAAAAUACAGUUGGAAAAAAUUAUCAACAAAAAACCGUAAAAGACAGAGUUAGCAAUUUUAAUAAUAUGAGGCGGGAAACGAGAAGUACAUUAAUGCUUCUAAAACGACAGAUUGAUGAAAAUAUCACCAUGACACCAUCUAACACUACUGAACCAUCCAGAAUUAUUAAACAAACUAAUGAAAGGAAGGAUAAAGAGCAGUCAAACAAUAGAUUAGAGAUGUUACGGAAAUGGAAAAUUGAAAAAGAAAAGCGAAAACUUGUGGAGAAAAAAAAGGCAAAACCUUUAUUUAAAGUUUGUCAUGUACCUAACGAAAUUGGUUUACCGAAUUUAGAAAAUAUAAAUAAAUAUGUCAAAGGAAAACCAAUUAAAACAAAUGUUGUCCCAAGGGAAUCUAAAUUUGCACCACCUAAUCAUAAGUUUCAUCCACCAAAAGGUAUAAAACCUAUCCAUAUGAAUUCUGCUAAUAAUAGUAGCUUGUCAACUAAAUCAAAACAUAAUUUACAUGGAACAUUGUCAAAUUGUUUGGAAGAAAAUAAACUUUCUUCAAAAGUUGCAAGGAAAGAGAGUUCUGUACAACGAAGAAAUACAAGAGCUACAUCUCGUAACCCACAAAUUGAAAAUUUGAAUAAGGCAGAGAAUAAUAAAAAUCCUCAUAGCAAGAUGGGUGUGACUAAAAACAACUUUACAUCCACUAAUACUAAACAAAAAACAGCUAGUUCCAAAAUAGAGACUAAAACUGUUAAGCGUAAACUACAGGCAACAACCCUGCCAUGUAUUAAAGUAGAAAGUAAAAGUAUAUCUGGUACUGAAGUCAAACGAAGGCCUGGGAAGAGUUCUGUUAGUGAGAAGAAAAUCUCAAAUAAAAAUCAAAAAGAAGCUUUUGUGGAAGAACAUUCUGGUUUAAAUAAAUUAUCAAAAUUAUCUCAAAAACCAAUUGUAAAAACCGUUGGAUGGAAUUGUAAAGUAGUAAUUGGAGAUGAAAGUUUGCCUACAGGUAAUGAAAAUAUUAAAACACCUAAAGCUGUGACAAAAAAAUAUAAAAAGACACCUAAGAGAAUACAUAAACUUGACAUGUCAGAUGUGGAAUUCAUUGAUGUUUGUAAUAAUGCAGAAACGAAAAGAAGCGAACUUCAAAGUAUACCAAAAAAUAUUAUGAAAGUCAGAAGACGAUUAACAAAAAAUAACCCAAAUUCUGAAUUAAAAGGAUUAGAUGAAUUGGACCAAAUAGAAAGUGACUCAAAAAAUCGAAAUUCUACAGUUGGAUCUGCAACAGGAUCUGCAUCUCCAGAUUAUCCAAUAGAUAAAAAUUUGACUGACUUAAACAGCUGUUUUUAUACACCUCAAAAAAAUAAUACUUGCGAAGAUUCUCCAGUUUACAUAAGUCCUUUUGUAACCGUCUCUCGAGGAAAGUCCAGUGCAAGGAAGGAGUAUCACAUGAGACACUCUGGGGCUGAGCGAGCUCCUGAAUUUGUUGUAGAUAUUUUAAAUAGUACAAGUCCUAAAGCAGGAGCUGAUUAUUUUGAAAAAAAGCUUAACAGUGAGGUAAAUAGAAUAGAAAGAACUUGUGAUAUGUGGGAAAAUUACAAAAAUUCAAAUGAGUUAUCAGAAGAAGCAAAUGACAUGAUAAAUGUGGCUAUAGGUCAAUCAAAGUUACUAAUAUCUAAAAAAUUUGAGCAAUUUCGAAGUUUGAUAGAACAGUGCAGAACAUGUAAAUAUGCAGAAAAACCAAUUUCUUGUGAAGAUUUGCAUGGUUUCUGGGAUAUGAUUUACAUGCAAGUUGAGGAUUUAAAUAAACGGUUUAAUAAUUUAAAUGUAUUGAAAGCAAAUAACUGGCAAGAAAUUGUACCAGAGAAAAAAAUUGUUACGAAACGUGGAAGAGGCAGACCUAAGAAGGCUUCAGCUAGUUCCACACUUAAAAAUCUUAUCAAAGCUGCUCGUGAUAUGAAAAAAUCAGAUACUGAAAGUGAAAUUAAUUUAAAUGUUCCUCCAGUUGAAGAAACGAAAGAGUUUGAUGGUGGAUACUACACGGUUAAAUCACCAGUUAGAACAUUAAAUGAUCCACUUGUAUUGAACGAAAAUGCUAGAAGAAGUUUAAGAGUUUCUUUAUUAACUAACCAGGCUAAGAAACGCAGGAGCUCUUCACAAGGAUUGACAAUGAUGAAAGUUUCUCAAGCUAUUAAACACGGAGAUGGCGUAACUCCUAGUAAAAGCAUUUUGAAAAAUGAUUUAUCGAAACUUGAGAAAAGGAUGACCAAAUCUGUUUUAUUUAAAGACGACAUAGAAGAGGACGUAGAAACAAAAUUAGUUGGUGCCAAUGAAGAAUUGUAUGAUGAUAAAGAUGCAGAGAACAAUAUUAAUAAGGAAAAUAGUAUAAAUGAAAUAAAUUUAAUAAGUUUUAGUCCUAUCACACCUACUAGAAGAUCUAAAAGGCUAAAUAAGGUUAAGUGAAAGUUUAUUAUAUAUGUAAUAUGGUAUAGUUAAAGGUUACAUUCAGUCAGCAAAUUUAUUGUUAAGCAUUUACUAUAUUUUUUAUAUUUAAAGAAACAAAAGUUAUCAUCGUUCAUACAGAACCUUAUUAAAAUAUUAUUUAUGCAUGUACAGUUAAAAAUUGUUUAGGGACUGCGCAUAUGAACGAAAUAUGAUUCAAAUGACCCAUAGCUAAUUUUUCCAAUAAUACACAGCAAUUUCUAACAAACUUUUAAAUAAAAUAAAAGUAAAACGUCACCGAGUGAACGAUUUGAAGAAAGAAGAGCAACGGCUUAAAGGUAAAGAUUUUGUCGACUGAACUCACCUUAACUCAAUUUAUUUUUAUAUGGAGUAAGUUUUCAUAAUAUAUUUUAUACUUUUUUUAAUAGAUAGUAAAAGUUCAGUA